AUGCCAGAAACGUUCUACCGAUGGUCUGAAGACCAGACGUGGGCGCUUCUGAAUUGCUUGGAUAUGCAAAAACUAUUGAAGAAGCGAAGAAAACCAGCUGAUGCAGGAGCUGAAGAAGUAGACGUCUUAGACGGUCUCAUGGCUGAAGUUCUAGAGCAGUCGAAGAUCCCUGAUGCAUAUGGCUGUUGGAGACCCAGAAGUACCAAACGAUACAUCAUGACUGGAGAUAGACCAACUGCACCUCUCCCUAUCAGAGGUUGGGCGCACCAAGAUAGUCUUGUGAUGCGACAGGGGUGUUGCAUCAAGAAUGCAGAAUUGAUCGGUGUUUCUUUCUCAAUUCUGUAUUCAAAAGAGGUGCUGGAUGGAAUCCUUGAACAUCAAUCUUCAAAGUAG